CCGGCCCUCCAAAGAGCUUCACACACAAAAUAGGCAACUUCAUGACUCUGAGCAUCGCAGAAGGAGACCUGCACCAUUUCACAGCCGACGCUUUGACCUGUCCAAUGAAUGCCAAUCUAGCUUUCAGUAACCCUGUGGCUCAGUGCUUUCUCCAGUUCGGAGGAGACGAGAUUACAGAGGUGUGUAAAACUCAUCAGAAGCAACAGCAGAGUCUUCUGCCUGGAGACGUGGUGCUCAGUGAUGCUGGGAAACUCAGCGCCGGGACGCUCAUUUACGCCGUGUUGCCUCAGAAAGGACAGAGGCUGGACUCUCACUACCUUCAGUCAGCCGUGUAUAACAGUCUCCUGAAAGCUGAAGGAAAAGGAUGCGCCUCGAUUGCACUCCCAGCAGUCGGUUGUGAAAGCUUCGGCUUCUCUGUCAAAGACAGCUGCGUGGCGCUCCGAGCCGCUGUACUGCAGUUCUGCAGCGACCGUCAGAAUUCUCCUAAAAACAUCAGACGCAUCAGUAUAGUGGAUUCAGACGAGGAGAUCGUUGAGGAGUACAACGCUCUGAUCCAGGAACUAGGAUUUCCUGACACAUCUACAACGGUUCCCCUACAAUCCUUGAAGCUAAAACACGGAUCAGACAUGAGAGUGCUGAUCAAUGGUGUGCCCAUAUGCCUGAAAAACGGCGACAUCACCAAAGAGACGGUGGAUGUUAUAGUGAAUUCAACCAACAAAAGUUUAGAUCUUAACACCGGCGUCUCUGGUGCCAUCUUAAAAGCUGCUGGACAAUCUGUUGUUGACGAAUGCAAAAAGCAAGCUCCUCUGAAAGCAGGUGCAGCAGUGCUGACGAGUGCUGGAGCGCUGCAGUGUAAGUGUAUCGCACAGAUGGUUGGGCCAGACAGCAACGCCGACAUCACAUCAUCUCUGGAAAAGGUUCUGAACCUCUGCGAAGCCAAAACAGCCACAACUCUGGCCAUUCCUGCGAUUGGAACAGGACGAGGUGGCUUUGCCCCGAAAGAAUCGAUCAAAGCUAUCUUCACAGCACUCGAGAAACAUCUGAAGGAGCCGAACUCAUCCUGCCUCCGGAGCAUCACUGUAGUGGCAUUUGAACAGAAGACCUUUGAUGACUUUCGUGACCAUUUUAAAGUGUGGAAUAAGCCUGUGUCCGGCAAGAUGCCAGAAAAUCAAGUCAAAAUUGUAAGCGUCAGAAUUGAGGUAAAGAAAGGAGACAUCACUAAUGAAACCGUCCGGGGGAUCGUCAACACCACCAACAGGGACAUGAGCUUGAGAGGAGGAGUGUCUGGUGCCAUAUUUAAAGCAGCUGGAGCAUCUGUGGAGCAGGAGUGCCAAAAGCACGGUGCACUGCAGAAUGACGUCGCAGCCGUGACCAGCGGUGGAAACCUGCAUUGUGACUUCAUCAUUCACAUGGUCGGCCCACACUCGGCGGCAGAGACGAGAUCACGUGUGAGGAAUGUUCUGGAGCGCUGUGAGGAGAAGCAGAUCACCACGGUCUCCUUCCCUGCCGUGGGCACCGGUGGCGGAGGCGUUCAGGGUGAGGACGCAAUCAGUGCGAUGCUGCAGGGCUUUGAAGAUCAUCUGUCUCAAAACGUCUCAACGGUGAUCAAGCUCAUCUACAUUGUGAUUGACCGGGACAACGUCCUACAAGAGUUUCAGAAAGGUCUCAAAACAUGGAUUGCGAAGUCACAGGAGAGUGAAGAUGAUGAAUAUGAUGAAUAUGAUGAUGAUGGAGAUGAUGAGUUGGAGGAUUACAGCUCAACGGAAGAAAGCUCCUCAUCUGACCAAGGAGCUGAUGCCAGCGCAAACCCAGUGGAGGUGAUGAUGGGCCCGAUUAAAGUCAAGGUGCUUUGCGGAGACAUCACCAAAGAGACUGUCGAGGCUAUUGUUAACAGCACGACGACAAGCCUCGAUUUGAACACAGGUGUAUCAGGAGCCAUUCUCAAAGCAUCAGGACAAAUGGUGGCGAACGAGUGCAAAUCAAAAGCGCCUCAGCCCGCCGACGGCGUGAUCCUGACCACAGCUGGAAAUCUUUCAAAUAUCAAACACAUCAUUCAUAUGGUUGGGCAGACCAAUGAGAAAGGCAUCAGCAGCUCCAUGUACAAAGUUCUGAGGAUGUGCGAAGAAAAUAAGAUUCAGUCGGUUUCAUUCCCAGCUCUUGGAACAGGAGCAGGAAACCUGGCUGCUGCAGGAGUUGCCAAUGCAAUGACAGAAGCUCUGACUAACUUUAUGAAGGACUCACCGAAACACCUGAAGCACAUCCACCUUGUGAUCUUCCAAGUGAAACUGCUGCCAGACUUUCAGGAAGCUGUCAAGAAGUGCAAGAAGAUUUCUCGAAAUGCUUCUGUGCGUCAGGUCAAACCCCUCCAGCAACCGGUGAUCCCUGUGCUGACACAGCGACCAGCUAUUUGUCUAGCCAAAGAAACGGCCGCUGUAUCGUUCCCGGUUAUGGCCGUUGAUGUUUACGGGACGUCCCCUACAAACCUCGCCAUGGUCAAGAAGCUCCUGGACGAGCUGGUCAAGCAGGAGUGCUUCAGUAUAGACGUCCAGUUGAGCCACAACACAGACCUUCCUGAAACGGACAAGAAGGCCAUCGUGGCCCUCAGCCGAGCCAAUCAAGUCAGCGUUCUGGUGGCAAGUUCAGAUAAGUUAACAGUAUCAGGGAAAAGAGACGACGUCUUAGAUGCUGUGCUGAAGAUAAACGGCUUCAUCCAGGCAGCACGAGACCGAGAGAAGCGUGAAGGUGAGGUGAAGCGUCUGCGGGAGACGCUGUGCUGGGAGGUGGCGAGAGGAGAACGCUGGGAGUCACUGGAGCCCGGCAUCAGCUACGACAUCGAGCUCACCUUCCACCGCAAAGAAAAGAGCUUCCAGUACCAGGAGAACGGAGACACCUACACGGUGGACUUCAAACAGAUGGAGGUCACAAACAGCAAGCGGGAGUCCUGCAGGAUCAAGAGGACUCUGCUGGGGGAUUCUGAUACGGCAAUCAUUCAUCCCCCUCCAACGUGGACCAAAAUGGAUGGACGGGAUUUAGAAAUAAUCACAUUACAAUCAAAUUCAGUAGAGUACAAGAACAUAGAGACAGCCUUUCUGAAAUCCAGCAUACACCGUGAUGUGAAGCCCGUCCAGGUUCAACAGAUCGACAGGAUUCAGAGUCAGUCGCAGUGGCAGAGAUACUGUGUGCUGAAACAGGCCGUGGAUAAGAAAUACCCCAAACAGAUAAACGAGCGCCUGCUUUAUCACGGAACGACCAAAGACAUAUGCCAGAAAAUCAACAAGAACGGCUUCAACCGCAGCUUCUGUGGGAGAAACGCGGUCUAUCACGGUGAAGGCACCUACUUCGCUAAAGAGGCCUGGUACUCCUGCCAGGACAAGUAUUCCAACCCAGACGACAAAGAGCUUAAGUAUAUCUACCGAGCGCGAGUGGUGACAGGCUCGCUGUGUAAAAGCAGACAAGGAAUGAAGGAGCCAGAUCCGAUCAACCCUGCAGACCCGCAGGCCGGACUGCACGACUGCGCCGUGGAUGACCCAAAGAACCCGUUCAUCUUCGUGGUGUUCUGUGACGCGGGAGCGUAUCCAGAUUACCUCAUCACCUUCAAAUCCAUAUAGCCCUCCAGCACUCUACAAAUGCACAUUUACCCUGAAUGCUGCUGACAGAGAUUAUGGGAGAGUCUAGAUAGCUUUUAUGAUAUAACCGAGACAAAAACGUGAAGAUGUUUUCACACAUAACAUUCUUCAGUAGGGCUGUCAAUCAAAAAAUCACUUAAUUACAUGAUAAUUGCAUAGAUCAAUAUUAGCUAAGGAAAGCUCCCAAAUAAGGAAAAAUUCAAAGACAUCAAAGGGAUCGUUCACCCAAAAAUGAAAAUUGUCUGCAUUUACUCACCCUCAUGUUGUUCCAAAACAGUUGCUGGUCCCCAUUGACUUCCAUAGUGGUGUUUUAUUCUCCACACUAUUGAAGUCAAUGCUACCAGCAUCUGUUUGGUUAUCAACAGUCUUCAGGAUCUCUUCUGUGUUCAAUAGAAGAAAGA